AUGGCGCUCUACCACGGAUGUCUGGCGACUUUCGGCGUGCCGUCCUCCGCCCUAAACUUCUCCGGACCUCCGCUCAUCUACUUGUACGGAGGAGACAGCGGCAGCCUCGUGUCGGCCCGCCGAGACCCUCCGCAGAAACCUCCGUACAGUUACAUCGCUCUCAUCGCCAUGGCCAUCAAGAGCGCACCCGAGCAGCGCGCCACGCUUAGCGGCAUUUAUCAAUUCAUCAUGGACCGCUUCCCCUUUUACCACGAUAACAAGCAGGGCUGGCAGAACUCCAUCCGCCACAAUCUCUCUCUUAACGACUGCUUCAUCAAGAUACCCAGGGAGAAGGGGCGACCCGGGAAAGGCAGUUACUGGACGUUGGAUAGCAAGUGCUCCAACAUGUUUGAAAACGGCAACUACCGGCGGAGGAAAAGGAAAGCGAGGAAUCAACAGGAGAUCGCCAAAGGUCCAUCAUUGAAGGACCGUCCGAGCUCAUCUACUUUGGUGGUGGAGAUGACGCUGAGGCAGGACGCGCAGAGGACGGAGACGCAAGCGGAUUCCAAGUUACUUCAGCGUCACAGACAGAAAAAAGCGCGUUAUGCUGUCAAGCCCAACACAAGAAAAAGGGACCCCAGUCACGACAACUCCGCUUCUCUUCUUUCUCGCCUCGCCCUUCCGAAAGCAGAUGGUGCAAGCAGGGACAAACGCACGCCGUUCAGCAUUGAAAGCAUCCUUGCAAAAAAUGAUGGCGACCUCCCGGACCUGAAGCGACGCGACACCGGUGUCGCUCCAAACGUGUUUUUGGACAAUCGACAGCAUCACUUGCACCAAAUAGGAUUUCCCCUUUGCUCUUAUUUGUCUUUUCCAGAUACUAUUCGCGCAAUACAAGCGUGA